AUGAAAAGUAAAUCGUCGACUUUGGCUAAAUCAGAAGAUGGUGGCUUUGUAGAGCCGGCGCCGAUUGAUGUGAUGCUCAAGGGCCUGGAACUUCGUGAUGAUGAGGAGGAGGACGUGGUGCUAGACGAGGAUCUGGAGAAAAUUCAAGAAGAUGCGAGAUGGCUAGCCCUGGCACAUGUGCACACUGAGAAGAAAUCUAGUCAUGGUUCGUUGUUUGGAAACAUGAGAUCGGCAUGGAAUUGUGCUCAAGAGGUAGAGUUUAGGGCUUUGGAGAACAAUCUGUUCUCAAUUCAAUUUCACUACUUGGGAGAUUGGGAGCGUGUGAUGCAAGAGGGUCCGUGGAUCUUCCGUGGAUGUCAUGUUCUUAUUGGAGAGUAUGAUGGAUGGGCUGAACCGGAGACAGUGGUGCUAAAUACUUAUCCUGUAUGGGUGCAGGUCCAUGAUCCCAAGGAGAAGAUGAGAACGAGUAGCAUCGCCAUGCAUUUUGCCUCUCUGGCGGGCAAAGUCAUUAAAUUGGAUGAAGCUUUGGUGAAAGGACAUGGGAAGGGAGUCAAAGUAAGAGUUUUAAUGGAUGUACACAAGCCUUUGACCAGGUGUACAGGCCUCACGGUGAGGAAGAUGAAACAAUAUUAUCGGUUGAUGUACGAGAAACUACUAGUGUUCUGUGGUGUUUGUAGGCUGGUUGGACAUGUAACAAAGGAGCAUGCUGAUGGUGUGCAUGCUCCAGAUGCAAUUAAGUACCCCCUCCCCCUUCGCUGA